AUGAUGCGUUUCCAGUGCUCUCAGCUCGUUAUCGACCGCAUCGACCCUUUGGUCCAGCCCGGCAUCGCUCCUUCGACCCAUAUGCACCAGAUCGUUGGCGGCAACGCUUUCAACGUCACCAUGAAACCCAUUGACUACGACCCGUCUAAGGCGGCCACUUGCACGACAUGCGACUACUCUCAAGAUUUCUCCAACUACUGGACCGCAAACUUGUACUUCCGCGCCAAGAACGGCACCUACAAGCGCGUGCCGCAGAUGGUCAACUUGGGCCUCUCAGGUCGCGAGGGUGUCACCGUCUACUACAUCCCGCCUUACGAUGGAAAGACAAAGGUGACCGCCUUCCCGAAGGGCUUCCGCAUGCUCGCGGGUGAUGCUGGUCUCCGUUCCGGAACCGGCAUGCAAAAAGGUAUCUGCCAUCGUUGCUCCCCCAAUAAGCAGCAAAACCCGUUCGGCGGCGCUCCGUGCACUGGUUCUGAUACGGCCGCGCUGCCCAAGGGCAAGUGCGGAGGCGGUAUCCGCGCGACUGUUACCUUCCCGACAUGCUGGGACGGCAAGAACGUCGACAGCCCGAACCACAAGGAGCACGUCGCAUACCCUAGCUCGGGAUCCUUCGAAUCUGGCGGCCCUUGCCCAUCGACUCACCCAGUGAAGCUGCCCCAGCUUAUGUACGAGGUUAUGUGGGACACUACUCCCUUCGCCAACGACUGGCCAGCCGAUGGCACGCAGCCAUUCGUUUACUCCAUGGGUGACGGCACUGGCUACGGCCAGCACGGUGACUACUUGUUCGGCUGGGAGGACGGCGCGCUCCAGAAGGCCCUCGAUGCAAGGUGCAACCUGAACAACUGCGCUGCGCUGAAGACGCAGACCGCCCAGCAGGCGAUGAACUGCCAGAAGAAGCAGGCCGUUCAGGAGCCCUUCGAAGGAUGGCUCGGCCAACUCCCCGGCGACCCAACUGUCGUUUUCUAG